AAAACUUAAAAAAAUGGAAAGAGCAGCAGGGUGGGACCUCCUGACGGCUCCUUAUAUAAACACUCUCUGCCUGCAGUCGCCAUUACUCAACACGUUACAUCCGUGGAAACAGCAAAAGCCGUGAAGAUGAAUGCUCUCUUGUGCUUAGCCCUGGGACUUCUGGCGACAGCCACUCUUUGCCAUGGUCAGUGUAUGAUGUCUCUACCAGAGAUUGAUCCAGUCACUGGUGAACCGGUCCCAGGCUGCCGGGAUGAUGAAGGUGUUUUACACAACUUCGGUUCUACAUGGAACAAUAAACGCUGCUACGCGUGUAGCUGUAACAAGUAUGGAGCACAAUGCUGCAAUCGAAUUCCAACUUAUUUUGGUCUCCCCAAAUCCUGUAAAGUUGUGGUGAACAAGGACUGCAGCCACAAUCUGGUGAACACGCGUGGGCCUGACAGCGACUGUGUCCCAAAGAGUGCUGUUUUGUAAGAUGACGCUCUCUUUUCUAAGAAAAUCUCCAGUCAACAUUUGGAAUCUGUUUUUUAUUUUGUUUCUGUGCUUUAUUCACCAAGACAUCCUCUUUGAUAGUGAAAGAAAACAUACUAAUUCAUAGCUUACAAAUUCACUACAUGUACAAUAUGAGUAUUUGCUGAAUUCACCAAAAAUAAAAACAUUAUUU